AGGCUGCCUCCCCCUAAGGCUGGGUUGCAGAGGCGCUGGGCACAGAGGUGGAGAGCGCCAGGUUGGUGGCUCGGCCAGGACCGCCACGGUGAACCCCAACCCAGACCCUGAGGCUUGGACACCACAAAGGCCGGAAGGUGACCCCAGGAGGUUGCUGGAAUGGGGGCCACCAGGGCCAGGCUGCUGUGGACAUGUCUUCUGCUGCUCUUGGCCUUGCCCCGUGAGUCGGGGAGUCAAGAUCUCACCUGCAUGGUGUCCUCAAGCCAUGUGAACUGGACCCAGACAUUCAGUGACACUUGCCUCAAUUUCAGUGGCCUUGGCCUGUCCCUGCCAAGGACCCAGUCCCUGAAGGCCAGCCGAGUUCAAGUCCUGGACCUAUCUAGGAACAAGUUGCAGGCUCUCCCUGGGCUGUUCUUCGCCAACCUGGAGAAGCUCCAAACCCUGAUCGUCACCCACAACCAGCUGGUCAGCGUGGACCAGUCGCUGGCCCUGCGCUGUGACCUGGAGCUCAGGGCCGACUGCAGCUGUGGGCUGGCCUCCUGGUAUGACAUUCGUCAGAACAACUGCUCCGGAGAGCAGGGGCUGCUGUGUCUACACUCAGGCACUGGAGCCCCCAGGAACCUCUCCACCUUCCUCCAGGUCAGCUGUCGCACCAGCUUGGCCCCGUGGACCGUCGGCGCCCUUGUGGCAGGGGUUAUCUUCCUGGCUCUGGCUGUCAGUGGAUCUCUGCUGGCCUGGAGACUUUGGGGACACCGGGGGGCCAGUGGCCUUGGCCUCAGCAAAGCCCAGUGUUCACACGCCUCCCCCAGACCGGUGACAGGCUUCCUGCCAAGGCACAGCAGCCAGCGACGGAGCCCCAAGGCCCCGGUCACACCACCAGACAGGUCCACGCUGGACUAUGAGAAUGUCUUCAUAGGCCAGCCGGCCGAGGACUGCUCAUGGCCUGCACCCAGGAGCCCUUCCGGGGAUACCGACUUCUACAUGAAUUACAAAGGUGACGACUGGGACCCUCAGCCCAUCUACUGCAACCUGGAGUCCCUGGGAAGGGCCCCAGGGUACAACCAGGAGUACGUGGCCCCAGGGCGCUGAGACCCCAGCCCCCUCCGUGGGACAGAACACUGAGCCUUGAGACUCCGCCGCUGAAGCCCCCACGCUCCCCAGGACCCUCGACGUCAGAGGGGGCGCUAGGACCCCCAAAGUGGAAGGAGGGUCUGGAGCUGAACCCAGAGUCAGUGGGCGGGUGGUGCUCAAUAAAUGCUGUGGGCCACAUGGGGCUGAGUGCCUGACUGACCUGGGAUUCCACGUCUCCAUCUGGGAUUCCUAAGUGGCUCUGCAUCCAUCCAGCCCCACUGCCCCCUCCCCUGCCCCCUUCCCUCCCCAGCUCCGGCUUCCUGGGUCAGGGGCUUGUAGGCUGUGUGGCUUCCCCUGCCUCUCUGUGUGUCUUUUUUCUUUCCUUCUGUCCUUCCCAUAUGGGUUCACUGCUCACCAAAUAGACGGACAAACAA